CGGGUUAUAGGGUUUUUAUCAUUAUGUACUAAUCUUAAUAGGUAUCACAUCGUGAGAAUUAUUUUUAGAGUUGGUGUUAUAGUGUUAAUGUGACUUCCAAUAUAACCUAUUUUUAACUCUCACAGAAUAUUCCAUUUGAAAAACAGUUAACGGAACUCUAAGAAUAAACGUUUUGAAUACAUCACAUAAAAUUAGUUUCGUCGUAAGUACUUUUUCGGCAAACUGUUUACCAAGACGGUCGUUAAAAAAUAAUAAUAAUUUUCAGAACCCUGUUUAAAAUUAGCGAUAUUUCAAUAAUAUCCCCUCUAUAUAAGUGUGAUUUAAACGGCAUUCAUCGACUUACCCGUAUCAUCAAGCUAGUUCACUUCAGAAACCGUUCAACUGAUCAGAAAACUAUGAAAACCUCAAGAGAUAGAAACAUUUUGUUCCAAAUUAUGUGUUUAGGGUUAAUCGGAAUUUUACUUUCCGUCUCCGUGGCUGGCGAAAAGUCUGACGUUUCCCGGUAUGACUUAAAUGACAUCUUGGAUGCUUUACCUACGACUGUGUGGGGAAUGAUAAAUCUGGCUAAAGAAAAGUUGAAAGGAACACUUCAGACACCUGAAAACAAGCCAUGUGUCAACACAACAAUGUUUACAGACUGUGCAGAUCUGAGGUUGAGAGGCUAUGUUGAAAGUAACCGGAUCUACUCUAUCUGGCCACGGUUCUUAAACGAACCAAUUGAGGUUGUAUGUGACAUGGAUACCGAAGGUGGUGGAUGGACGAUAAUCCAACGUCGCGGAUACUACAAAGAAAACCCCCAGGUUUUCAAUCGAUCGUGGUACCAAUACAGUAUUGGAUUUGGAUCGCUGAGCGAAGAUUUUUGGCUCGGAAACAAUAAAAUAUUUGCCUUAACUAACCACAAGGAUGUGGAGCUUAGAGUGGAUUUAGAAGAUUUCUCCGGAAAAACAGCCUAUGCUAAGUUUUCAUAUUUUGUUGUGUUGAGUGAGAGGAUGAAAUACCAGAUGUUUCUUGGCUCCUAUAAUGGCGAUGCCG